AUGAGGAGGCGGAGCUGCUGUACGAAGAAGUCGAAGAUGAGGAGGACCUCUUCGAGCCAGAAGAAGAGGAAGCAAGCCAGGAGGAAGGGACUGACGACAAAGUUGUCUCGAAAGCUGAGAAGGAGGCUAGCAAUGCCAAGGUGUGAAGGCGGGGAGUCUGACGCUCUGACACUUCGCGAGCACGUUCGAGUCCCGCUUUGCCAGGCCUCGCCGGGGAAUGUGAUUCAACUCAAGUUUCUUGAACCAGAUGUAGACGGGUGCUGCACAUGGAUUUGCAUGCUGUCCCUGCCGAAGCAUGAGUUCAAGCGGCUUCACAGUUUGGCGGGGUACUGGUCGGAAAGACACGGGCAGCUAUUGCAAGGUGACAUUGUGGUGGUGCUCUUCUUGAGCACGUCCAUUCUCUUCUUCGUGGUGCACCAUCUGCUUCCGGUUGAGGAGCCUCUGCUGCAAAGUGAUGAGAAACUUGAAAAUCUCGAGCGCCUGAAGAAGACACCAGGCAAAGCCAGGACACUGAAGGAAGCAUUGUUCCUUGUGGACAACGACCCGUGCAGGCCUGCGGUGUUCGCGGCUAUGGAGGACAAGAGUCGCACCUUGCUGGUGUACAGGAAGCGCCUCACGCGAUCCCGGGCGUGUGUGUUUGUCAAUGCUGUGUUGUUCUUGCCGCUGCUCAUCGACAUGCUCAUGGCAGCAUCAGAUUGGGAGGAUUGGCUUUUUCACGGAAACCUCGCCUACCAAGUGAUCUUUGCCAUCGCAGCUGGCCACUAUGCCAAUAUGUUGUGGGAGGACCUGGACGCUUGUGGCAACUUUAUCAUAGGUUAUUGUCGGUUACCUUUACGGUCCAACUGCGAAAAAUCGGCAACACUUCUGGUGCUCUGGAUUCGCAAUGCGACCUGUUUUGGUAUUUUCCUGAUGGGAGCCAUGCUUGAGCUUCCCGGUCUUGGGCUCGCAACGUUACUUUGGGAGGCGCCGCUCUAUCUGACCCUCUACCGGGAAGCGUGGACCUGUGCCAACGAGCUGUCCUAUUGGCUGCUGGAUGAGACGCCACUCUGGCAGUUUUGGAGGCCAAUGUUGCUCUUGCUGCUGGCGGUUCGCGUGCCAUUAACCGUCUUAUUCGUCACCACAUCGGUCAGCGUGGAGCUUGCAAGGGAUGAGCAAACACCCGAGCCAUCCAUCAGGGUGUUCUAUCACGUGGCCAGUGUAGUGCUCAUUCUCGAGAACUUCCUGUUCAUGGAUAUGCUUGUCAGAGAGUACCAAGCAGAUCGCAGGCUUGCGGGAAAGAUGCGUGAACUGGGUUGGCCUCACGGCGUGUCAGACGCGCCCCGAGUCAGCGUUUCCGCGGACGCGGGCGAGGCAGAACCUCCAGCAGGCUCAGGAAGGAAGCCAAGCAUUGCGCGACUUUUCUCCUUCAAAGGUCAGAAAAGUGGGAUUGCCACUGACGAUGCGCAGGACGCUCAGGCGGAGCAGGGUCACAGCGUGAACUUCCCAGUCUGCCAAAUCGGAGAACUGCCAUCAGUUCCCAAGGAGCAAGACAUUAGUGGAAUGCACUCAAUAUGUGUUCAGAGUGCACCACGCAGCUUGCAAAGCCAAGCAUGA